GAGAGUUAUUUGCUUUCUUUCUUUAGCGCCCAUCUCGUCAACCGCCGACUCGUCCACAUCCUUUCCCCCGCCAAUUGCCGACUCCUUAAACACAUUUUUUUAAUUUAUUGUAUUCAAAAUCCGAAACAAAUCAAAUCCGAAACCCUAAAACCAUUUUCCCCCACCAUCGCCAUCGCCAUGGCCAUGGCCAGGGAUGCGCCCUCGCCUCCUCAUCCCUUCGAGAUCCACAUGGUGGCCUCCGCCGCCUCGCCGGAGUUCGCCCUCCUCCGCCGCACCCUCCGCCGCUCCCGCGCCGUCGCCCUCGACGCCGAGUGGAAGCCCCGCCGCUCCCGCCCCUCCUCCUCCUCCUCCGCGGAUCCCUCGCCCUCGUCCUCCUCCUCGUUGUUCCCUCCCGUCACCCUGCUCCAGAUCGCGUGCCGCGCCGUCGCCGGAGAAGGUGGAGGAGGGGGAUCGUCGUCGCCGGUGUUCAUCGUGGACCUGCUCGCGGUGGCGGCGGAGGCGCUGUGGGAACCCCUGAGGGAGCUGUUCGAGUCGCCGGAGGUGCUCAAGCUAGGGUUCCGGUUCAAGCAGGACCUCGUCUACCUCUCCUCCACCUUCUCCUCCCAUGGUUGCGAUCCUGGAUUUGAUAGGGUGGAGCCCUUCCUGGAUGUUACCACCAUUUACCAUCAUCUAAAUAGUCAAAAUAUGGGAAGAAAGCUUCCAAAGGAGACUAAAAGCUUGGCAACUGUUUGUGCGGAACUGUUGGGCAUUUCUCUAUCUAAGGAACUCCAAUGUAGUGACUGGUCAUGCCGGCCUUUAAGCGAAGAGCAGAUACUCUAUGCUGCAGCUGAUGCAUAUUACUUGCUCGAAAUAUUUUCUCUCUUUGAACAAAAAGUGUUCACUGACGGUAAAUAUCUAGCCAGCCCUAGAGGAAAUGCAUCCACUUUAGCUGCUAAACUCGAUAAAACCAUCGAGGAAUCAAAAUUAUCAAAUAUUUUUGAAAAUGGUAUAGACACCAUAGAUUCUUUUGAAUCUGAUGGGAAUCUUUCAAUCCAUUCUAUGACACUGCCCACCUCAUACGCUUUUGACGGAGAUUGCAUUACACACGUUAUCAGGAAGUAUGGUGAGAUGAUUGUAUUGAAAGAUUCAGAUAAGAAACCUAGACCCUCAAGACGAAGAGGAAAAGAGCAGUUGCACACAAAUAUAAAAUCCAAAGAGCAACUACUCGACAACAGUGACUGGCAGGGCCCUCCACCAUGGGAUCCUUUUGUUGGUGGGGACGGAUGCCCAAAGUUUUUGUGUGAUGUAAUGGUGGAAGGUCUAGCCAAGCAUUUGCGAUGUGUCGGAAUUGAUGCUGCUAUUCCAUCUUCGAAAAAACCUGAACCAAGGCAGUUACUUAAUCAAGCAUACAAGGAGAAAAGGGUACUCCUAACACGAGAUGUCAAGCUCUUGAAAUAUCAGUAUUUGAUAGGGAAUCAAGUAUAUAAAAUAAAGAGUCUUCUCAAGAAUGACCAGCUAGUUGAGGUGAUUGAGACCUUCCAGUUGAAGAUCUCAGAAGACCAACUCAUGUCGAGAUGUACGAAAUGCAAUGGGAACUUCAUUCAGAAGCCCUUGACUAUCGAGGAAGCUAUUGAAGCUUCGAAAGGGUUCCAAGUCAUCCCUCCAUGUCUCUUUAACCGAAAUUUGGAGUUCUGGAAAUGUACCGAUUGCAGCCAACUUUACUGGGAGGGAACCCAGUACCAUAACGCGGUUCAGAAAUUUAUAUCAGUGUGCAAGCUUAACGACUGAACCACUUCAAACAACUAAGUUGAUCCAAAUUCAUAGAUGUUAAUGGCUUUGCACAUGGACCUUGUGAUUCAUUUGACCGCAUAAUCUGGUGCGGGACUCGUAGACCACCUCUCAGAUGGUUCCCUAUUUAAGAGCAAAGCCACAAAAGGAAUGUUUUGAGUGGUUAAAGCUUUGUAUUUCCUUUAAGAAAAGGUCUCUUGUUGUAUCCAUCUUUUGAGCUUUUGAUGUACAAUUUUACAUUACAUUUUUUGUUAUUGUUGUCGUAAAUUAAAUGUAGAAAAGAGAGUUUUAAUCCGUAUACUGUGUUUCUUUUUAUAA